AGAGUUUAUUUUCACACUGUUUGGCUCUGGUCCGGCUGCUAAGAUAGGCCAAUAUCCAAAAUCCUAAAGCUUUGUGGUUAACUAAAAGAGGAAAUAUCAAAACAUUACAGUUCAUUGGACUCUGCAAGUCUGCAGUAAACCAAAACAUCUCUCACAAAAGGCAUUUAUUUAUUAUUAUUAUUUAUUCGUGAUUUUCCUGUAAAAUGGUGCUGUGCGACGCUAAUGUAAUCACCAAUACCUGCAAAUUUCUAAAUUUAAAUGCUCCUGGAGAUAUUUCCUUUCUUCCCACUUGCGAGGUUAUUCUCAAAACAAAAAGCAAAGAGGUGAAAGGAUUUGCUUCUGUACUCGAGAGCAUCAUCAAAAGUCAAGGAAAUGCAUCACAGCUUGUACCAAGCAACCCAGAAGAGUUGGCACAGCUGAGGCAGUGGCUCGAAAUUUGCAUAACCACAGUUAAUUUUGCUGACUCUCAGAGUACAGCUUUAAAGGAAUUAAAUGAGCGGCUUGCUAAAGUGAACUUCUUAGUCGGGAACAGGAUCUCGGUGGCUGAUGCAGUUCUUUACUACACCGUCUACCCAGUUUUGGCAAGAGCGACCAUGCACGAAAAAGAGCAAUUCUGCCACUUGUCAAGAUGGUUCUCAACAGUGCAGCAUUUGCCCAAACUCAAGGCUGGGCACGAAACCAUCGCUUUCAGCAGAAAUCCCCUGUACUCAAACUAAUACCUAUACUCGGGAUGUUUGAACGAUUAAAACUCGUGAUUUUUUCCACAA